AUGCUCGGAACAUAUCUUAGCAUUUGGAUUAUAGCAAGAACCGGUUGCGCAGCCUUGGUUUCUUUCAUUCUCUCGUUCUUUCUUUCUUUCUUUCUUUCUUUCUUUUUUCUUUCAUUCUCUCUCGUUCUUUCUUUCUUUCUUUCUUUCUUUCUUUCUUUCUUUUUUCUUUCAUUCUCUCGUUCUUUCUUUCUUUCUUUCUUUCUUUCUUUCUUUUGUUCUUUUUCGCUAAUUGUUCAUUCUUUUAGUUCUUUCAUUUCUCGUUCUUUUCUUUCUUUCUUUCUUUCUUUUUUUUUUCUUUCAUUCUCGUUCUUUCUUUCUUUCUUUUUUCUUUCUUUUGUUCUUUCCUUAAUUGUUCAUUCUUUAGUUCUUUCAUUCUCUCGUUCUUUUCUUUCUUUCUUUCUUUCUUUCUUUUCUUUUGUUCUUUCCUUAAUUCGUUCAUUCUUUAGUUUUUCAUUCUCUCGUUCUUUUCUUUUUUUUCUUUCUUUCUUUCUUUCUUUUCUUUUUCUUUCUUUUCUUUCUUUUGUUCUUUCGCUAAUUCGUUCAUUCUUUAGUUCUUUCAUUCUCUCGUUCUUUCUUUCUUUCUUUCUUUCUUUUUCUUUUCUUUCAUUCUCUCGUUCUUUCUUUCUUUCUUUCUUUUGUUCUUUCGCUAAUUCGUUCAUUCUUUUGUUCUUUCAUUCUCGUUCUUUUCUUUCUUUUUUCUUUCUUUCUUUCUUUUUCUUUCAUUCUCUCGUUCUUUUCUUUCUUUCUUUCUUUCUUUCUUUUGUUCUUUUAAUUCGUUCAUUCUUUAGUUCUUUCAUUCUCUCGUUCUUUUUCUUUCUUUUUGUUCUUUCGCUAAUUGUUCAUUCUUUUAGUUCUUUCAUUCUCUCGUUCUUUCUUUUUUUCUUUCUUUCUUUUCUUUUUGUUCUUUCGCUAAUUCGUUCAUUCUUUAGUUCUUUCAUUCUCUCGUUCUUUCUUUCUUUCUUUCUUUUUGUUCUUUUCGCUAAUUCGUUCAUUUUAGUAGUUUUCAUUUUCGUUCUUUCUUUCUUUCUUUCUUUUGUUCUUUCGCUAAUUCGUUCAUUCUUAGUUCUUUCAUUCUCUCGUUCUUUUCUUUCUUUCUUUUUUUCUUUUUUUUUCUUUUUCAUUCGUUCGUUCUUUCUUUUCUUUCUUUCUUUUUUCUUUGUUCUUUCGCUAAUUCGUUCAUUCUUUAGUUCUUUCAUUCUCUCGUUCUUUCUUUCUUUCUUUCUUUCUUUCUUUCUUUCUUUUUGUUCUUUCGCUAAUUGUUCAUUCUUUAGUUCUUUCGCUCGUGUUCUUCGUUCGUUCCUUCAUUCUUUCUCUGUCUUCUUUCUUUCUUUCUUUCUUUCUUUCUUUCUUUCUGUUUGUUUUUCCGUAUGCUCGUUCAUCUUUUUCUUAUUCGUUCUUUUUUGUUUUUCAUUCUUUCGUUCUUUCUUUUGUUUUCCCAUUCUUUCUUUCGUUCGUUCGUUCGUUCUUUUAUUCUUUUGUGUGUUCUUUCGUUCGUUUUUUUCCCUCGUUGUUUCCUUCUUUUUCUUUCUUUCGUUGUUUCCUUCUUUUUUCUUUCUUUCAGUCCUUUCGUUCGUUCUUUCUCUGUUAACUCAUCCCUAA